AGAUUCUCUUCCCACCGUUAGGUGGCAGUACUCGCCCCCGCGGACACGCCGGGCUGGGCUGCUUCGGUGUGCACAACGAGGCGUCGCUCGGCGCGUGCGCGCAGAAGGCGGAAACGAGGACGCGAUUGUUUCAUUUCCUCCUUCGUUCCGCAGCCCGCCGGCGCGCGCUCGCCUUCCGCUGCACGAAGCGCGCGCGUCCGGCGCGGAUCCUUUUGUGUUGCGGGCGGGCGGCCGGUCGACGAGCGAGACGGCAUCCGCGUCGCGUCGAGUCGCGUCACCCGGUAAGACUGCACGCGCGCCGCCCGCCCCGGCGGCUCCUGAUCCCGUUUUGCGGCUAUCGCGGGUGGCGCGGUCGGCCGCCAUGGAGGCCGGUCGGGCGCUGGAGCGUCACGUGGCCAGCGUGCACCGAGGAAUCGUUUUCCUCCAGCGCGAGCAUGUGACGCUGCUGGCAGGCCUGCACGUGGAGAUCGGCAACCUCAAGAGGAGAUGCCAAGAGUUGAGUUGCGAGCUGGACUCCAGGUUCCCGCACAGGACAACAGCAGAGGACGAGGCGCAACUGACGUCCCGCUGCGAGGCGGCGCGGCGGCUGCUGGAGGAGCGGCGCGGCGCGACGGAGGCGGCCCGCGGGGCGCUGCGCCUGGGAGGGGCGCGGGCCUCGGAGCUGGGGCGCAGCCUGCGCCGGGACGAGCGCCGCUUCCUGGACGAGCUGAAGCGGCGCAGCCGCAAGAUCGCCGCGCUCGGCCGCGAGCUCCAGCGGCAGAAGGGCGCGGCGGCCGCCCUGCGCCGACAGCUGGACGCCGCCCGCGCCCAGCUGCGGAGGCGGCCCGCCCUCGAGGACGACGGAGGGGCCGGCGUGAGGACGGAGCGGGUGCGGGCGUGCGUCCCCCGCGAGAGAGUGACGUCGCCGCAGAGGCCGCGCCCCAUGCCGGACCCCGCCCUCUUUCUGCCGCCCCCGCGCCGGAGGGCCGAGGCGGCCGACCGGGAGGACGACUGGGAGGACGUGGACGAGGGCGGCGGCCUUCGGGGGCGCGUGGACAUGGGCGGCGCCGAGGGCGAGACGGCCCUGUGACGCCGCCCGCGCGCCCCGGCUGCCGGACCGCCUGCGAUUGGCCGACGUGGGCGGCCGGUCCUUGUGACGACUUGAUGCCAACUUGUUGCCUUCCUGUCAAUCAAUGCCAACGUUGAAAAUGAAAUCACCGUUUGACAAACUUUCAGUGUCUUUCCGUUGACCUUUUCAUCCUAAAAGAGCCGUAAAAGCAAGCGCGCGCGCGCUGACGAGUGACGAGGGAGGACUUUGAAUUUGAAAAGCCGACAAGGAGGUGGCAAGGAGUCGGCCGCGUCCCGCCGAGCAUCCCCGACCCGCGAGGGGAUGCAGCGUUGCCUCGGUUACCAGCCGGCGGCGGAUCGUCGAGCACAUGACGUCACUGUUUGGUCGCGAGUGUGGGCGACCUCGCGCUAGUGGGCCUCCUUCCGUACUCACGCGUUCGUGAACCAA